GCCCCCGCGCGCCCGCCGCUUCUCUCGGGGACCCCGGCUCCGCGCGCGUCCCCGCCCCGUGGCCCCCGCCUGCCCACCCCGGGUCGCAGCGCGGGCACCGCGGACCCGCAAGGAGGGCGGGGCGGGGCCGGGGUCCCCGAGAGAAGUGGCGGGGUCUGGGGGCUCGUCCCCUCGCCCCUCCCUGCGCAGCGCCGGGCGGCCAAGGAGGCCCCCAGCCGUCCCGCCGGGAGCCGCCCGGCGAUGGGGACCGGCUUCACUGCCGGCCGGUCCAGCACAGCCUCCUGCGGUCCAAAAGCGCCCUAACGUUUCGACAAUAUUUGGUGAGAAGGAGUCCGCAAAGCCAGGCAAAUCUGGGGCCUCAUCUUCGAUGUGGGGUAUCGGGGGGCCUGAAGUCGGGGUGCAGGUCAAGGAGCAGCGCUGGCCCGCGCGGUGAGCGUCGGAUCGUGGCAGCGGAGCGCUUGGAGAGCCUGGGCCGGGCAGCGUGAGGCCCCAGGCCCGGGUCUCCUCUGCCCCGAAACCCACCCCCACCGCACCCGGGGAAACGCGGGCGUGCCUGCGCCGAGGGCUGCUGAUGGCGGGGUGCCAGGGCCGGCGGCCCAGCGAGGGAUUCCUUAUGAUCGCGGCCGGCCCAGGGCCUCGCGGCUCGCCACGGAAGGUUCUAGACCUCGGACUUCUGCUCGCCCUGCCGGCGGGGGCCCCGGCCCAGGAGGCACGGAGCCUUUAAGGCCCCGCCUACUCCGUCGGGCGGCCGGGCCGUCGCUUAGCAACAGGACGCCGCGCGGCCCCUCGCUGCCCUGGGGCUGAGAGGCUGUCUCCUGCCCGCUCUUUCUGCCUCGCCGAAGCUCGCGUGGACCGAGGCGAGAUGUCCGAGGAGGACCCCCAAGGGUGUGUGGAGCUGGAGGAGCCCGAGGCCAAGGGUCCCCCGGAGAAAACCAGCGACUGCUACCGCGUGAGCGAGCACCUGCCAGCCAGGUUCAACAACCCGGCGUGGUUUCGGGGCUACAGGACCAAGGAGCCCCCCUCAGUGUACAGGACCAGUAACCAAGCUUAUGGGAGCAGAGCCCCCACCGUGCAUGAGAUGCCGGUAAGGAGGAAGCAGGGAAAGAAGGUGUAUUAUCCAAGUUCGUAUAAAUUUUCUAGACAACUUGCAGCUGGGGGGAUGUUCCAGAACAACUCGUUCAACGUCUCCAUGGAGAAGAGCAUCGUGACAGGUCCGGACAACUACGUCACCUCCUACGACCGGCUCAACUUCCACCCCAGCUACAGGGUCAGCAAGCCAUCCAUCUGUGACUGAGGGGCCUCCUGGCUCCAGCGGUGACCGUCUGGAUAAUUGUCAGCCCUAGUCGUUGAUAAUUUGCCCAGUUGUAAAGGGACACACUUCACUGCUUCCCCCGAAAAUAUUUUUCCUCUCUAGAUUUUGCAAUAUGAAAAUGGGGCUGUGAUGCCCUACUUUCCCUGUUUUACAUCUAAGAUGAAAAGGAACAAGUGGCUUGACUUUCCAUUAAAAACCUUGCCACGUCCUCAAUUCCCGACUCAUCUAUAAUCAAGGAGCAGAGUGGUGGGUGUCCUGGGACCCCGAUCUCGGCCUGAAGGCUGGGAAUGCCUGGAGAGCCCGGAGCACGUCUCUAUUUGGGAGCCAUUUUUAUACUCAUGACAAAUUAUGGGGGUUUCUGUUCUCAAGCUUCCUGCUGGGCCACGGAGGGAGAGUAGGAUGUCCUGCCUGGGGCGUGGAUGAGGGCUGGGCAAGGAAGCAGAGGCGACCCCGGGAGGAAAGCACCAGGCGGGACCGGGCAGGAGGGCCCUCACUGGCCCUGACCCGGGCCAAGCUGGGAGGGACAUUGAACACCCCUGGCCACGAACAAGGGCCGGGGCGGAGGCAGAAUAAACGAGGUUGGUGACUGCUGCUCGUUGCUGAGGGGUGAUGUGUACGUGGGGGUUCUCUGCUUGGUGUUGACUGUACCUUUCCAAUAAAAAGUUUAAA